AUGUCGACUGCCGAACUUGCUUCCUCCUACGCGGCUCUGAUCCUCGCCGACGAUGGCGUCGAGAUCACCUCCGACAAGCUCCAGACUCUCAUCAAGGCCGCCAACAUCGCCGAAGUCGAGCCCAUCUGGACCUCUAUCUUCGCUAAGGCUUUGGAGGGCAAGGACGUCAAGGAGCUCUUGACGAACGUUGGCUCCGGUGGUGGUGCCGCUGCUGCCGCCCCCGUUGCUGGCGGUGCCGCUGCUGCUGAGGAGGCUGCUCCGGCUGAGGAGAAGAAGGAGGAGGAGAAGGAGGAGUCGGACGAGGACAUGGGUUUCGGUCUGUUCGACUAAAAGGUUUCUCGGGUCUCCAUUUCCUUUCUUCAUACUUCCUCCAUUUGGUGCCAACAAGGUUGUGGCGGGGAGGAUUCGGCUGUUCAUACGAUAUAGAUUGCCAUAGCAAUUUUGAUCACCGUGUCUUUCCAUUUAUUUUUCUACUUUCAAUGUCGUGUGAAGUCUAUCUGCGCUUGUGUCUCUCUUCGGCUUACAAAGACAUGCAUGCCGUUCUCCAUCUAUUUUAUCCUUCCAAGAAGUUGUCAAGGUGAAAGUCAAAUUUUCACAUCCAAGAAUGCUGUCCAGUCUUGUAUCAACUUCGACCUGCCAAUAAUAUGUAUGUGAGUCAAUU